AUGAUCCUCGACUACUUGAUCUAUCAAGCGAUCAAUAUCUGCUUCGACAACCCCAACACUUCCGCCCGCGUCCACGAAGACGACAUCUCUCCUGUAGACCGCGCUCUAAGCCAAGUCGACGAGUUCCUCGCUCUCUUCAACACCCGAUAUCCACGCUACAAACUUGACGCAGAGAUCCGAUUCCGUGAACUCCUUCUCCAGGUUGUGACGCUCUUCACCCAACGACUGACUCUCAACAACACCACUCCGCCGCUCAAGUCCCUUUCUGCGCUCCGCAACCAGAAUCGCGCCAGAGCCCACGACUGGAUCAAGUCUGCGAAAUACCGACCCACCGCCGACCACUCGACGGAUCACUUGUCUGAAACCCUUUCAAUACCCACCGAACAUAUCGUCCGCCAGCGCGCGCGCGUCCUCCACCAGAAUUCGGUCAUCGCUGGCACCAAACCAAGCACCACGCCCUCUCAUUAUGGCCAGCCCUCCUCCAUCUCCCUCCUCGACCUGCUUCCUCUCUUCAUGCGACUCUCCGCCAGUUUUCAAAACCUGCUCAACAUUUCCGUAAGCAAAACUUGGUGCGAUCUGGCCGUCGGGUGGAUGCUGCAGGCCUGCUUGGAACAAUAUCUCAUUUACAGGGCAAACGGGAAGGAAAUUUUGGACGAGGCGUUUGCGUGGGGUUUCAAUCCUGGUGCUGAGGGUGGAAUAGACGGAGACGAGGGAGACAAGGUGAAUGACAUGUUCAAGGACGACGAGAGUGAGCAAGAGAUACCUGGGUGGAAAGAGAUGAGACAGCGAGCGCUGGAGAAAGUAUGUCCGAAGGUUGGGUGGAAUGGCAAGAAUUCCGAGUUGGUGGGCUGCCUACUUGAUGCAGCGGAGGAGAAUCCGAUGCGCCGCACAGAGGAGAGAAUCCUGGAGUACUUCAAAGGACUUUCGAGGAGUAUUCCGGAACCAGUGCUGGUGCAGCUGGAGAAGGGACAGCUGCAGGGCAUGACGGAGAUGCAGACAAGGGAGUUCAUGAGGAAUUGUGGAUUGAGUGAAGAAGAGUUCGGGCGCGAAGCGUCGUGUGUGCGGUGA